AUGGGUAAGACCAUGAACUUGAUAACUAACAUUUCUCUGGCCAUGAACGGAGGAGACUACAUGAAAGGGGCUGAAUGGGGCUGCAACUUUGAGCGUGAAGCAUUUCACAAAUCUGCUACAAAGACAGGUUACUCACAACCAUUCCAGGAAAUUUACGACCAGGAGAUGGGUAAUAAGAUCAUGGAAUUCUUUAAGAGACGCCAGGCCAAUGAACCCACACUCCAGAACAGUAUCAAUGUCAGCGCUCAAGCGCAGGCACAAGCACAAGCACAAGCGAUGAUGAACAUGCAGAUGGGACGCGGCAUAGGCCAAGGCCCACAGCAAGGCUUCCAGUCUAUGCAGCACCCGAUGCAAGGUGGCCAGAUGAACCAAGCACAACAACAGUUGCCGAUGAAUGCCGGAAUGAACAUGGGCAUGCCGAACCAAGCUGGUCGUGGGAUGGGCCCCGGCCAGCAGAUGGUAGGUAUGGCUGGAGGUCAGAACCGACCUCAAGCAACUUCAUUCCCUUCGGACAUGGCACGGCUUUCGCAACAAGACAGACUCAAGGUUAGCGAGCUUGCACAAAAGAUGUUUAACACUGCCUCGGAGCAGCAGAAACAAAACACCCGAGUGCAACUUUCUCAAAGGAUAUCCCCCACGCAGAUGAACGAACUCACUGCCUCAGGCAAAGAUCCUUUGAUGUGGUUUUAUCAGAACCAAGCCUUCCAAGUUCUUAAAGCGAAUAUGGCCCGAAUUCAACAGGGCCAGCAGCCGCAAGGGAUGGGACAGAAUCCCAACAAUAAUCAAGCUCCCAUGAUGCAACAGCAGGCAAGUCAGCAAGGACUUCGCCAGCAGCAGGGUCAGAUGCCUCAACAAGGACAGCAGCAGCAUAGUAUGAUGAAUGGCAAUCAGGGUAACAACGACUAUAACUCCUUUGCGCCCAAUAUGGAUAGCAUCGAGAAACAGCAGAUGAAUGGUUUGAUGGCUCAGCAAGCCGGUCAGAUGGUAGUACCUGCCAGUGCCGGACCGAAUCGAAACGCAACCCCCCAACCGCCGAUGGGCCAGAACGCACCCAACCAGCAAGGUCCUAAUCAAGGCCAGCGACCGCCGCAACAACAGCAGCAGAACAUGAAUCUUCAGCAAAUGAAGAUGUCGAACCAAGUCUCGCAGCAGUCACAGGCACAACUGCAGGCACAGCAGAUCAAGCAGAUGCAAAACCAGGCCGGCAUGGCUGCCAACAUGCAGCCUUCCCAAAGUCCUGCAAUGAACACCCUCAACACACCUGUUUCUCGGCCUGGCAACAUGAACCAGGGUGCUGGACAGGGCGGUGUUCAGUUUGGGGACCAGCGUUUCAACCAAGGAGCACAACGGCCUAACAACCAGACUUUCCAGAACAUGCUGGCAAGUCUACCGCAAGAGCAACGGCAGAUUGUGAGCGGUCUGACUCCAGAUAAGUUGAAUGAGGUAAUGCAACGUUGGCAGUCAAAGCGCAAUGAGCAAAUGGGCCUAAAUAAUGGUGGACAACUUCCUCCAGGGCAAAUGGGGAACCGACCUCCAAGCCAAAUGAACCAGAUGAACCCUAACGGCGCUGGACAAAUGCCAGUCAACAUGCAGCAGCAGCAAAAUGGAAUGCCUAUGAAUGGCAACCCGCAGCAAAUACAGAUGCCUCGGAUGGCCGCGAACCAGCAGCUGGCUAUGAUGGACUCUAUGGAUUUACCUCCUCAAGUCCUCAGUCAGCUCCAGAACCAGAUCCCCCCAGAGGUCAAGAAAUGGGCACAGCUCAAGAUGUGGCUUCAGCAAAACAACAUUCCCCAGCAACUACGGACGCAACUGGUAACCGUUCAGCAAAGGCAGUUCCAAAUUGCCCUUCAGCGACGCGCUAGUGCCAUGCAACAGCAGCAACCGGGCCAGCCAGGACAGCAGCUUUCACCUCAACAGCAAGGCCAACCGCAGCAGCCAGGACAAAACAAUGUCAACCCUGGCAUGCAAGCGCCAGGUGGACCUGGACCCAAUCCUCUCCAAGCAGGACGACCACAGAUGCCAGUCAAUAUACCAGCACACAUCCUGCAGGUUUCUCCGCACGAAAUAGCCACACUUCGGAAUAGACCUCAGUUCGCUCAAGCAUCUGAAGAACAAUUACGCAAUGCGAUUCUCCAGAUGAAGAGGAGUUCCUGGGCGAGCCAGCAGGCACAGCAAAUGCGAAAUCAACAAGCCCAGGCUCAGAUGGUGCAAGCUCGUAAUGGUCAAGGCCAGCAAGGUAUGCAGACACAGAUGGGUGUUCCCCCGACACAAAUGCAGCUUCAACAACCACCCCAGCCAAACCAAGCACCGCAGGCCCAGAACAUUUCAGGAGCCAGCAACAUGGGGCCGAAUAAUACUGCUCAACAAGCGGCCCAGAAACAACCAAGCGUGACUCCAGAGCAAGCACGAAAUGCUCGCCCGCAGCCUACCAACAACCGAGCACAGCCUCCAAACCCAUCGCCAGCAUCCGCCCCGAAGAAUCUCAAGCGCCCGAGCAGCGACGAUGCCAUCGAUGUACCCGAGACCGCAAAGGCAGCGCCCGCGAGACCAGCGUCACAGCCCAACCAGCCACAGCAGGCACAAGGCCCAAGAAUGUUGACUCCUCAGCAAAUUGCACAGCUCACACCAGAGCAGCGAGCCAAAUAUGAAGCGAUGAUGAGGGCACAGAUGAACAAGGCAGGCCAGAUCCCUCCUCAAGGUGCAAGCGAGAUACUGUCGCGUCUUAAGUUACUCGGACAAGAGGAGCAACGACAAUCUGUGAAAGAGAACGAUCCUGAGAUUCCGAUGUCACAGCAGGAAUACCAGGAGACAGCUGAGAAGCUCAAGAAAAUUGUGGUUGAUAUGAGCAAGAUCGGCCGUGGUUUGAGCAGAUGGUAUGGUCUCACGCGUGAUGACCAAAGAGCGAAGAUGUUCUUCCGAACUCGAUGGAGGAUUCUCAAGCAGUUCUCCGAUGGCGAGAAGAUGUCCGUGCCUAAAAGCGUGUUCACGAUGCGAGCCGUGGAAAUCGAUCAGGCUCGAAAUAUGCUGGAGAGCAUGGCGAAGGAUCUCGCGGCGAGCGUGUAUGCUAGAGGCCUGAAUCCUGCUAACAGACAAGCCACACCCCAAAAUCAGAAUGCCCAGGCUGUCCAACAACAACAACCAUUCUCUCAACAGCAGCAGUCUCAGCCCCAACCUGACCAGCCAACGCAACCUCCAGGAGGACAAGCAGCUCCCGCCAACGCCGAAAACGGUCGUCGCAACUCUCAAGCUCAGAAUACUACUCCUAAGGGAGGCAACAAGGGCUCGCGGGCCCCAGAAGCUCCUACAAGCGCUCGGCCCCCCUUCCAGUUGGCUCCUCAUGGCAACCCAACUUAUGUCACACCGUCAAGGGAUAUCAACCUGCAGCUACCCACAGGACGCAAGAAGCAAAAGACUGGACAGACUCCCCAGGGCGCUACCCCUUCGCCUAAAAUUAGCAAGAAAGGAUCCCCUGAGCUUCGAAGGACGUCCGAAACACAGUUGCCACCUAAGCCAGUCUUUCUUUGCAAGGAACCCGAGUGCGAGUUUUCCACCACUGGCUACAGCACUGAGCAAGCUCUUCAGCAGCAUGUCUACGAGGAGCACACGAAGCCUCGAGAAGAUCCUCUCAAGUUUGCCCAGGAGAACCUGGCCUUGGCCCUCGGACUCGAGCCCGAUGGCACUAUCAAGCGGGAGCCAGGUACUGAAGCCGCUGCAAUGAGCUUGACCAACUCCAAGCAAGGCCAGACACCUGUCACUAUGGCGGCAACACCUGUGUCUAUCACGGAUGCCGGCAUGAAGCGAUCAGCCAGCAGCAUGGGUAAACCUCAAGACAAGGCCGGCCUCAAAGCUGGUACAACCCCCAAGAUGGCGGAUAUCAAGCCGGUUGAAUCGACAACAGUUGAUCCUUGGGCCAACGCGACUAUCGACACUGAGAUGCUGGUGAGCAACCUUGGAGUUGAGCGCGGGUACGGAUUUUACGAUAACCCCUACUAUGACCUCAACGCUCUUAGCUACUUGACACCCAGAGAUACACCUGACUCGGUCAAGGAUAAUGGUAGCAGCGAGCCUAACAGCGAUCUUCCAGAAGGUGCAGCCAUCGACAUGAAUGCGGAUUGGCAUAACAUGGAUACAGAUCUGCUUCUGAACAUGACCAACACUUUGGACGCAAGCGGUGUAAUGGGUAUCGACCCUUCGGCCUUAUUCGACCCGCCAUCGUUGCAAGAACCGGACUGGGAAGAUGUGAAGAUGGACUUUUCGAAACCUUUCCAAUUCGACACUAGCCAACAUUACUAUAUGGCAACCUCAUAA